AACAACCCAACAAAUGGACGAUCCUUCACGACCAUCGUCGUCCUCUUCGUCCAGAAACGACACCAAAAUGGUGAAAACGACAGGUUUCUUUUUGCUAACCGAUGACCUUCUCCACAAUAUUCUGGCGAGGCUUCCGGCGCCGUCGUUCGCGUCGGCGGCUUGCGUGAGCAAGUCGUGGAAUCGAGUAUCUUCUCAGGUCCUCUCUCGCCCCAAGCUCGCCUCCGCCCUCUCUCUCGAUCCUUCUCCUCAGGUUGCCGUGAGAGAGGUUAUCGAUAAGGUCCUGACGGAUCCAAUACGCCCUGAUUUCGCCAUUGCCAGUGUUGGAAGUGGAUUUCGCUUGUAUGACAUUUUCAAGCUUAUAUCGAAGAAAUUGGGGACUAAAACGCCGAUAAUUAUAUCAACUGCUAAUGGAAUAAUUGGAAGAGAUGCUCUUACUGACGAGCUUAAAGAGUUUUAGUGGGAUCUAAGUGAUGAUGAUGGGUCAAUAACUUCAGUAGAUGAGAAUUUUGGCAUCGUUUUGACCGUUGGGUUUGUGCCAGGACUAAAAGUUGAUGUUAUUCCACUGUUACGAUCCACAAAGGAGCUUCGAGAUGCAUUAGUUGAGAAGUUUGUAAUGGACAUAAGGGAUUACACUGACUCUGUUUCGGGUUGUAAAUCCCCGGUUGGGAUUAUACUCUUUGGGGAAGGGCUUGUUAACAUGAAACCAAUUCUUAACAUUUUGGAUUAUGCUAUGCCCGAGGAAACAGUUAUUGUGGGUGAUGAGAGAGGUCGGUUUUUGUAUAGGACUGCGAAUGAGUCAAGAAAUUUCUGUGGAAGUGCAAAAUUCUUUACUGACGCUGUUGCUCUUACAUUUGCAAGGGAUAGAAACAACACUCAUGCCAUUGGUAAUAUUCAAUUCCAUGUUGCAUUGUCAAAUGGAGUAUCAGCAAUUGGUCCAACAUACAGGGCAGCAUCUAUUAGAGUGAAUUGUUUAGAUCAUUCUACGUGGCUCACUGCUAAAAUAGAAGGACAACGGGCUAUUCUUGAUGGUCAACGUAUUAUGAAUGAUAUCAAUGUCACGUUAGAAGAUCAUGUUGAUUCUUCUGAUUUGUACAUUGGAGUUACAAAAAGGCGAAAUUGCUCCAUUGGAUCAGAGAGGCCUAGAAUAAUAACUUUCUUGUCAUUCUAUGGAAUUGUUGGGGGAGAUGAGGAAUAUCUUUAUGUAAAUGGCCUUGGCAUCAGAACUGGCAAUCGCUUUCAAUUCUACGGUUCAGAUCCUGAUACUGCAUUGAACUCAAUUGGUCGUGUUUCUUUGGACCUCAAAAACUUUAAGUUCAAUGAAAGUACGAAGAACAUCAGUCAUGAAGUUUUUGGAGGUUUCAUCUUCUCGUGUUAUGGCCGUGGUGACACAUUCUUCACGCAAGAGGAUGUCGAUAGUUCCCCAUUUGUGAAGAACUUUCCUGGGGUCCCAUUUGCAGGAAUAUUUUGUGGAGGGGAAAUUGGGCGUAGCUCUUCAAGUUUGACAGAGGAAGGUCACAAGGAAAAUGUUCCCAGCUGCUGUCUGCAUGUCUAUAGCACUGUUUAUCUAGUGAUGUCAUAUACUUCACCACCACUUGGGUAUUAGAUUUGCUCUAAGAUGAAUGGGACGUCCUCUUUUGCUUCUCAUUCUCCCAUGGCGGGUUUCCAGUUGCUAUUGAAGAUGCCAAGGACUCCGCUGCCUUUGUCUUCCAUUUUCGCAGGAGAAGAAGACGGACCGAGGAUACGCCAGGUCAAAGUAGCGCUAGCCCUUGGCUGAACUUUUUGUAUUGGAUGUUUCUGAAUUGAAUGUACUGCUUAGACAUGAUGUUUAGAAUUUGUACAUAUGUACAAUAAGUUUAUAUGUAGAAUUUAGAAUAUCUAAUAAACUUGGUUGCUGUUAUUCAACUCUGACCUGUUUGUAAGGUUUCCA